AUGAGGGCUCUCACACUGCUUGAGCUGCAGAAACGGUACCUAGCCACUCACUUGUCUACCAUUGACCCCGGAGGAGAUGACGAUGAAAUCGUGUGGGAUGAAUACUCGAGCCAAUUCAACGAGAUGCUCGACUUUGCCGAGGCAUCAAUGCAAAUUCAUGACUCGGAGGCGACAUCGAACAAACAUCCCCGCUUUCACAUGGAUACUGGUGUUUUACCUAUUCUAUUCGCCAUCAUCACCAGAUGCCGUGACCCCUUCAUCAGGAGGAGAGCCAUAGAGCUAAUGACCUGGAACCCAAUGCAGGAAGGUCUAUGGAACAGCGCUUUGGUGGUCAAGGCCGCAAAGAGACUUAUUAAUUUGGAAGAAGGCACUGUUAUCGUUGGAUGCUCAAAUGAUAUACCAGCUGAGGCGAGAGUCCAGGGCAUAUCUGUCUAUGCUGGUGAUGAGCGGCGUGUUGUGCUGCGAUUUUCUCAACCAUUGGGCUCCUGGCAGGAGUCAAUGAACUAUUAG